GGCUAGGCGAAAGCGAAAGUAGUAGCGCGCCUGUUGAGUCUUUUUGAGUUGUGUUAACAAUUAUGGAAUGUCUAUAUAACUUUCGCAGGGUUACAAUGUUGAAAAAGAAGGCGACUCAUAAGAGAUAAUCGUCAAUAUUAAUAAGGAAUAUCGACUAAGCAUUGAAUAUUAUGAGAAAGUGGCAUAAUAACUGAUGUCAGCGAGGUAAUUUCUCAGCACACAAUAAAUUCUCUUACUAUAUGUACCUAUUUAUAGAAACAUUUUACUGAUAGGAUGACAAAUCUGGGACUCAACCCCGUAAUAAAUUCCUAGGGACUCAGUCUUGUACCAAGCGAACCUAUCGGAGAGACAACCCUGUAGGAGCAAAUUUUACUACAGUCUAAGUACACCUCAGUAGGGCAGGUAGGGGCAAUGGUGGGGAAGAGAUCAGAGAAGGUUUUGAAGUCGGGAGGUGUUCCGGAUGAUGUCUCGGCCCGCCGGGAAAGAGGCAAACUUGCCCAACGAGCGUUCAGACAGAGGCAGAUCGACACGAUCCGAAAAUUAGAGGGCGAGAACGAACGGUUACGCGAGGCCAUAGGUACCAUCAGUGAUGCUACCCGACGGGGUGACACAGCCUUGCAUUCGGCUAUUUCGAAUGCUCGGAGGGUAGCUGGCCUUCCGAUCGUCGAACUCGAGAAACGGCCAUCCGCCCCGGCGGUCACGAGAUCGGAUAAUUCAGGAUGGUCAAGUAGUACCUCUAACGACGAUGCAGCCCCCGUAUCAUCCCCCGAUGACGACAUGUUCGAGUUGCUAGCGUCUUCUUAUGUCGCAAGCGAACCGGUUGACGACUGGUCGCAGCCGUCGUACCCCAUUGCUGCUGGUAACACAGAAACGUUCAUAACGCCUGCUGAAUUGGAAACAUUCGAAAAUAGCACCGUCGGCAAUGACACAAUCGUAUGUGCGUCAAACCCAGCAUACGAUACAGAAGCCUUUAAUCCCAUGGGGGCUUUGACGACUUGCUUUGAACCCGACAGGGCCAUCCACGUUUCAGUCCCUCCCGCGGAUAUCGUGCCCUACAUGGGCCGUGGGGCAUACACACUAGCCGGCCAGAUAUACUGGACAUCGCUAGCCUUCGGCUUCCAAGCCCUCCGCGCCUUCGUCAAUUCCUCGGCGCCCCCACCGGCCGCUGCAGAUAUUGUCUCGGACAUCUUCGUCCACUCACAGAAGCGUAUAGCCCUGCCUCGCAUAAUGUACUUGAUGCAUGCACGUCUCUCCUUCCGGCGGUACGGUUACUUCCACCUCAUGAGUGCCGAGCACUGGGAUGAGGUAAAGUACUUCUUAAACCCAGCGGCACCUAUCGAGAUGAAGAAGAUGCUGGCAGUAGAACUGAGCAAGAUCGGUUUGCACAAGGACGACUUCCUAUCUCCAUUCGACAUCGAGGUGAGGCUGCGGGAACGCUUCCGCGACGACUACUCUCUUCUCGAGGCUGCGCUGAAGGGACAAGCUGCCGAUGAGGCGCAUGUUGUAUGUAUGCGACAGUUGAUGCAAAUCACGGCGCGUAACUCGAUAUGCUUCGGCGAUGGUCCCCGGUGGAGGCCAUCUUGCAUCGACAAGUUGGGGGAUAUGUGGGAGACGUGCACGGGUAUGGUGGCUGCAGUGAGUUGAUGCUUUUGGAAGGGAACCUGCGACAGGAGUUAUGAGAUGAGCGAUUUGAACACGUCUUGAAUGGAAGCGAGUGUAUUUUCUGCAUUAUUACGUCGGUGGCGUAUGAAAAUUAAGGGGUUGGGGGUUUGUUGAUAUAUCACCUCUCACUUGGCCUUGGUUAUGAACAAUCAUGGAAUCAAUACAUACGAAAAGAAAACGAUUAUAUAUACGAAUAAAGAAUAUAAACAUAC